CUGUCUAAGUUAUGCAAACAACACUUGGAGCACGUGGUUUGGGUUGUUGAUUACCAAGCCACAAUCAGCGGCUGCAGGCACUCUGUGAGCUGGCCAGUCACACUGCAGAGAUGCAUCACUCGCCAGCGGCCUCGCACAUCCAGCAGAACUUUAUCCGCCUGAGCGGCCCCCCGGACGGCGGCUGGCGCCAGCGGCCGGGGGGCGGGCCGGCCGGCCGCGGUCGCCGUGGGGCGCCCGGCGGUCACCCGUACCUGCCACGGCGGUCGGCCGACCGGUGGGGUCGGAACCAGCGGGCUGACGACACCUGGGAUCGGCCCGGCUCGCUAUCCGCGUCACUGAGCGAGUCUGAGACGCCGCCCGGCCGGCCCUGGAUACGGCCGGACAGGAGAUACAGCCGCGGCGUCGUCGGGCUACAUGAGGAGAUCGAGGACUUUUUCCAGCACAUAUCGCCGACGGUGGACGAGCACCACAUGCGAACCACUGUCUUCGAAAACAUCAAAAACGUCAUACACGACCUCUGGAAGGAGGCACGGGUGUUCAUCUUCGGCAGUUUCGAAACCGGUCUCUACCUCCCCACCAGUGACAUUGACGUGGUUGUGAUCGGCAAAUGGCGAGGCUCGCCGCUCGAGAUGCUAAAGGACGCCCUCGUCAGCAAGGGGAUCUGCAGCCUGGACUCUGUCAAAGUGCUGGACAAGGCAACAGUGCCCAUCAUCAAGCUGACGGAUCGCCGCUCACAGAUCAAGGUGGAUAUCAGCUUCAACAUGACCAACGGCCUGGUGUCUGCCAACCGGAUCAAACAGCUGGUGGCAGAGUUCCCGCACAUGUCGCGCCUGGUGAUGGUGCUCAAACAGUUCCUGCUGCAGCGAGAGCUGAACGAGGUGUUUACCGGCGGCGUCAGCUCGUACGCCGUCAUCCUGAUGGUGGUCAGCUUCCUGCAGACGCACGAGCGGCCCCUGGGGGCGUUUCCUGGCUGUAACCUGGGCGUUCUGCUCAUCGAGUUUUUCGAGCUGUACGGUGUCAAGUUCAACUAUCACGACACCUGCAUCCGAGUGCGCGAGGGCGGGUACGCACCCCGCAGCGAGGUGGAGGAUCAGUUCAUCGGCCAGUCGGCUCACAGCUCGCCGCUCUGUAUAGAGGACCCGCACAACCCGUCCAACGACAUCGGCCGCUCCUCUUACCACGUGAUGAAGGUCAAGGAGGCGUUCCGCUACGCCUACCACCGACUGCGUUUUGCCGUCCUGGGCAGGGACAGCGACCCGAACCGGGCCAGCAUCCUGGGCCGUGUGGUUACCGUACCGGAUGAGGUGGGCGCCUACCGCCGCUGGGUAGCUGUCAAAUUCCCCUCCCCGGACCCGCCCGGACGGGAGCCCACCCCGGAGCCGGAGCCGGAGUCGGAACCGGAGGAGCUGUCGGACGACCAGUCUGAGCCCACCACUCACCUGAACGGCCGGACAGCCGACCCGGCAGCCGACAUAGAUCCUCCCUUCACUCCCAACGGAAAGGCGCUGGCCAACAAGGCUUGGUGGACACCCGCCUGCGCUGAGGCCGUCAAAGCCAGGGGGAAGGCCAAGAAGGCGUUCAGGCGAUACGGGACCCCUGAAGCCACGGCGGUGUUCAAAAGGGCGCGUAUGCACGCCAAACGCGUGCUAAAGGAGGCGAAGGAAGCUUUCGGCGGCGCGUCUAGCAUCAAAAAGGUGGCCGACGGGGAACGGAUCACCCCCACGCGGUGACCCGAGGAUCGACUAGGCGCCAUCUGUGCUUCGUGACGUGACCUGGUGGCAAUGGUAGCGGCACCUGUGCUCCGUGACUAGCGACACUAGCGGAAUCUGUGCGCUCCUCGCAGUGACUGUAAUGUGUCACACUGCCGUGACUAUAAUGUGUCCUGUCGUGGCAAUUGGGGAAGAGAUAGGUGUCCUCUGGCGAGUUGAUGGCUACUUCUCAGGACUUGUGAACACUCGUGCCUUCCGAUGCUGACCAGUGUUCGUCAUGUUGCAGAUAUUUAUGUCGUGUGUCUCCAGUGUUUAUGCCGUACCAGUGUCUGUUUUUGUCUGAUGAAAUUUGACAUGCAUCUCGUCCGAUGUCUAGGGUUAUGUCUGUCUUAUCAUUGAUAAGAGUAUGUGACAUUGGACUGACAUGGACGAAAGGUCUGAGCGCUUACGAGGUGGGAUUGACAUGAAGUGUGUUGUUGACGUCAACGCAAUAUAUAAAACAAUGCUGAGA